AUGACAGAACUGCUCAAUAAUCAACAGACGAGAAAUCUGUCUAGUAAUCAGCAGUUAAGAAAACAGACUAGCUACCAGCAGUUGAGAAAACAGGCUAGCUACCAGCAGUUGAGAAAACAGACUAGCAAUCAACAGUUGAGAAAACCGGUUAGCAUUCAAGAGGUGAGCGAACAACCUAGUAAUCAAGACAUUAGAGCCCAACCUAGUGGGCAAGAGAUGAGGGAACAACCAAGUAAUCAAGAGAUGAGAGAACAACCUAAUAACCAACAAACGCAAAGCGCAGAGUCAAAAGGUAGACACCUAAUAGGAAUAUGGAAGAAGACUGCUUCAUCUUAA